AUGUAUGAGAUUGAUGAUAAUGAUGAUGGGGGACAAGUGAUGUUGUGUGAAGAAGUUGUUUCGAUUAUGGGUGAUGAAAAUAAUGUGAAAGGUCAGGUUAAUUACAUUAUUGACCCUCCUUUGAAAGUUAGACAUGCCCUCGGGUUUGUUAUAGAUCAAGAUGAACUUGAACUGCAUUUGGUGAAACCGAGUAUUGGUUGUUUGGAAAGUGAACCAUCGAGAAGAUUAAGUAUAAAUGAGAUUGUUUCUACUCUUAUGAUGAUUCAAAUGGAUGCACAAAGGUCGGAUACCAUGUUUAUGGUGUAG